AUGGGUCCAGGCGUCCUGGACGUUCCAUCGCCGGACGUUGGGCUCGAUGUAAAAUUUGGUUUCAAUGAUUUAUGUCCUGUAUGUGGUGAUAAAGUCAGUGGAUUUCAUUAUGGUCUUUUGACAUGUGAAUCAUGUAAAGGAUUUUUCAAACGAACAGUACAAAAUAAAAAGAAUUAUCAAUGUAUUGAUAAGCAACAAUGUCAAAUAGAUAAAACUCAACGAAAACGUUGUGCUUUUUGUCGUUUUAAAAAAUGUUUACAAGUUGGUAUGAAAUUAGAAGCUGUUCGUGAAAAUCGAGUACGAGGUGGACGAAACAAAUUUGGUCCAUUAUAUCGGCGUAGUCGUGCAUUACGUCAACAAAUAAUGAGACAACAUUUUGUUAGUAUGGUUAAAGCACAACAAAAUAUGAUACCAAAUGGUAAUGGUAUUGAUAAUGGACAAACAUCAUUAGAUAUAACUGGUAAUAAUUUACAAGUUAAAACUGAACCUGAACAACCAAAUCUUCAUCCAUUUCAACAUAUGUAUACAAGUUUACAAACAACAACAAAUAUAAAUCAUCCAGCACAUUCACAUCAUCCAAAUACACAUCCACAUCAUCCACAUCAUUAUCAACCACAAAAAUCUUCAUCAUUUCCUGGUGUUUAUCCGGAUUUUUUUAAUCCAAAUUCUUCAAUUACAAAUAAUACACGUUUACAACAACCAUUUCAAUUAAAUCCAUUUGAUACAUAUUAUAAAAAUUCUUCAGCAUCAUCAACUGCCUAUGGACAUUCACCACCAUCUUUACUUUUACCAUCGAAUAGCAACAGUAAUCCACCAUCAGGUUCAUCAAAUUCAAGUUCAUCACCUGUUGGUCAAAUAUCAUCAAAAUUACUUGAUUAUCAAAUAUCAUCACCAUCAACAACAGGUACAACAACAACAGUAAAUACAACUAAUUCAACAUUAAAUACAUCUUCAAUAUUAAGUACAUUAACUAUGCAACAACAUUCAAUGGCUACAAAUGAUUCAAUGCAUACAGAUACAAAUAAUGGUAUAUCAUCUGUUUAUUUUUAUAAUAAUCAAUAUUUAGCACCAAAUUAUGAUAUGAACGAUACAAAUAAUAUACCUGAAACAUUAACAAAACUUAUUGAAUCUGAUCAAGCUUAUCGAUGUACUGAAGUACGAUAUAUUGAAGAUAUUCAACAGAUUCAUAUUGAUUUAACACGUGAUGAUGGUGAUAUAUUAGUUGUAUGUUCAUUAUUGGAUAAAUUAUGUUUUCUUAUGGUUGAUUGGGCUCGACAGUCCCUUUAUUUUAAAGAUAUUCAAAUUGAUAAUCAGAUAAAAUUAUUAAAAGCAGCAUGGAUUGAAAUAUUAAUUAUUGAUCUUAUAUGGAAACAAUGUCAACAACCAAAAGAAACUUGUUUAAAUUGUAUUGUUAGUGCUAAUGGACAAUUAUUAAAUAUAAAUUUAAUACAAAAUCCAGCUGUUAAAAAAUUAGCUGAAAGAUAUUUACAAUGUGUUAAUGAUUUUCGUCAACUACAGUGGCAAUAUCCAGAAUAUCUUGCACUCAAAUAUCUUGUACUCUUCGAUCCAGAUGUUCAAGGUGUAACUGAAUCGAGUUUAAUCGAAGAAGUUCAAGAGAAAAUUACAAAUGCUUUAGGUGAAUAUACAACAGAUCAUAACAAUCCAUCCAUAUCAAAUUCAACAAAUCGGUCUCCAUCACAACAACAACAAGCACCAACAAAUGAACAAGAAAAAUUUGCUUGUAUUUUAUUAAAAUUACCCGAUGUGCGUCUGAUUGGAAAUGAUUUAAAGAAAUUUUUACAAUUAAUUGAUCGUAAACAUGAUGGAAAACUUCUUGAUGGUUGUUUACUUGGCGAAAUGCUCAAUGGUUUACAAUCGAAUAAUUAA